CAGAAGAAAAUGUCACAAGGGAAUCUCUCCACAGUGACUGAGUUCAUCCUGGCUGGAUUAACAGACAAACCAGAGCUCCAGCUGCCCCUCUUCCUCCUCUUCCUAGGAAUCUAUGUGUUCACAGUGGUGGGGAACCUGGGCAUGAUCACACUGAUUGGGCUCAGCUCUCACCUGCACACACCCAUGUACUAUCUCCUCAGCAGUCUCUCCUUCAUUGACCUCUGCCACUCUACUGUGAUAACCCCUAAAAUGUUAGUAAACUUUGUGACAGAGAAAAACACCAUCUCCUAUGCUGAAUGCAUGACUCAGCUCUACUUCUUCCUUGUUUUCGUUAUUGCAGAGUGUCACAUGUUGGCUGUAAUGGCAUAUGACCGCUAUGUUGCCAUCUGUAACCCCUUGCUUUACAAUGUAACCAUGUCUAAUCAAGUAUGCUCCUGGAUGGUGGUUGAGGUAUACAGCAUGGGCUUGAUUGGCGCAACAGUUCACACGGCCUGCAUGCUUAGAGUGCUUUUCUGUAAUGCUCAUACAAUAAACCAAUAUUUCUGUGAUCUUUUUCCACUACUGGAGCUCUCCUGCUCCAGCACUUUUAUCAAUGAGUUACUAGUUUUAUGCUUAAGUGCAUUUAAUAUCCUUGUUCCACCCCUGACUAUCCUUGGCUCUUACAUCUUCAUCAUAGCCAGCAUCCUUCGCAUUCGCUCCACCGAGGGCAGAGCCAAAGCCUUCAACACCUGCAGCUCCCACAUAUCAGCUGUUGUUCUUUUCUUUGGUUCCCUGGCAUUCAUGUACCUGCAUCCAUCCUCAGUCAGCUUCACGAAUCAAGGGAAAGUAUCAUCUGUGUUUUAUACAACUGUUGUGCCCAUGCUGAACCCUGUGAUCUACAGCCUGAGGAAUAAAGAUGUCAAAGUGGCCCUAAAUAAACUUCUUGAAAAGAGAAGUUUGUGA